GAACUUUCUAAGAGCUUCCCUUCCUUCCCCCACCGCCACCUCAAAGCAAACAAAACUCCCUAGUACCAUCCCAUUGCCAUUAUCUGCUAACCCAACCAACGACCUAUACUUACAAACGCUGAACCGAAGGAGCCCAACUGCGGAGACAGAAGAGUCCAUGGCUGUGGAAACUGAGGCUCUCACUUAGGAACUGUCCCUUGCUGAUACGGAGAUCAAUUGGGCGAGGUUGGACAAGACGAGAUUUCAUGUUAUUGGGGCUGUCCUUUUUACUGCACAGCAAGCAUUAAUCCAUCCAACCUAUGUCGUCAAGACUAGAAUGCAAGUAGCUGAUUCUCGGUUCGCUCAUAUGCCUGGAAUGCUUGUCUUUAAGCAUAUCUUGAGAAAUGAUGGUAUCCCUGGCAUUUUCCGAGGUUUUGGAACUUCUGCAAUUGGAUCGUUGCCUGGUAGGGUUCUGGCUUUGACAUCUCUUGAAAUGUCAAAAGAUAUCAUGUUGAAGUAUACCCAAGGGCUGAAUAUGCCUGAAACAACACGUAUUGGUCUUGCAAAUGGAGUGGCAGGCAUGUUUUCAAGCUUAAUCUCUUCCCUAUACUUUGUGCCAUUGGAAGUGGUAUGCCAGAGACUUAUGGUGCAAGGGCUACCUGGAGCAACAUUUUACAAUGACCCUUUUGAUGUUGCACGUAAAGUGACAAAAACUGAAGGUUUUCGUGGAUUGUACAGAGGUUUUGGAUUAACAAUUUUGACUAACUCCCCGGCAUCUGCACUUUGGUGGGGGGCCUAUGGUGCUGCCCAACGUAUCAUUUGGAGGAGCCUGGGUUAUGGACAUGAUGCAGAGAAGAAGCCCUCUCAUAUGGAGAUGGUGACUGUUCAGGCCACAGCAGGAAUGGUUGCUGGUGCUUGUUCCUCUGUUAUCACCACUCCUAUUGACACAGUAAAGACGCGGCUACAGGUCAUGGAUAAUUAUGGUGUUGGAAGACCAUCAGUACUCAAGACCACAAAAGCACUCCUGAAGGAAGAUGGGUGCUGGGGUUUCUACAGGGGGUUCGGUCCCCGGUUCAUAAAUGUGUCACUUUAUGGAACUACAAUGAUUGUUACCUAUGAACUGAUAAAGAGGUUAUCUAUGAAGCACAUGUGACGUUCUAGUAUAGAGGUGGCACUCGUUUGAUAUUUGGACUUCGCCAAAUUCAGAGGAAUCUGAUCCUGGGAACUCAAAUGUAUUUUAACAUCAUCGGAGGGCAUUUUAGAUGUGGAAUGAAGGAUGGACUGUACUCUUUUGAAUUCCUAAUAAAAUUUUGAGCAACUUGGCAUUGUAUGAAAAAAAUGAAGGGGAUGGCAAAUGAUGUUAAUACUGUAGUCUUUAGAAUUUUGAUGAGCUUGAUUAUGGAACUCAGAAGGAGGGUCUAGUGAUGCUGAUUGAUAGCUGCUGUAACUAGAUAAGUAGAAAGUCCUUCCUUUUGUUCACUUCUCCAAUUUUGAUGAGAAGAUGAAAAUUUUCUCUUCUUCUCUGUUCUGUUAAUAGCUCCUAGACCAUUGUAAUUUGUAAAUGAGAAGGAGAAAGUCAUUCAUUAA